UUAUUUUACAUAUUAUGGAAUGAGCAGUAUUUUCUACUAACUUAUGCAGCACUACCAUCUACAACUACAAUAAAACCACCACCAAAAACACCAUCACCAACAACAGUAAUUCGAAUGUCAAUGAGAGUAAAUCAAAUUUUUGACACCAGUCUCUUCAGCGAAACUGAAACAAAGUAUAAAUUCUAUGUACAGCACAUUGAGUCAGCAAUUGAAGAAAGUUACAAGAAUCUGCCUAACUACAUUAAAGGUUCAGUAAAAGUCACUCGCUUCAGGUUUGGUAGCAUUAUAGCAGACUACACGAUUACUGCAAACAGCAGCAACCUGGAUGUUACAUCCGCAAACACACAGGUUUCUGACACUCUCUUGAAAGCAGGAAUUCCUUUAACUCAAGAUGCUUUUGCUGAAAGUGAGGAAAAAAUCCUGACAACCAAAGCUACAUUUUAUCCUUUGCAAGAUGUGGAGCUGAGGUGUACGCGUCCAAAUUCUGUUGUGGGAACAAUUAAAUGGAGUGUGAAUGGCAAAGAUCUUGCAGGAAACAGUGCAAAAUACACUAUUACAAAUGACAAUAGCACUCUCAUUGUGAACAACGCAAGUGAAAGUGACAGUGGUAGAUACUUGUGUAUCAUAGAAAGGUCCACAUUACCUUACAUUCAGUGGCAAAGAGUAGUUAAUGGACCACGUCCCAAUAUCAUAGUGGAUAAAAUUAAAAUAAAGUUUCAGUGCCAAGACCAGAUUAUCCCAUUAACAUGCUGUGCAGAAGGCUACUCAGUUGAGUGGGACCGGAUUCCUGCUGGUGAUAACAUGACAAAUUCAGGAUCUGGCUGUGUCACAUUACGACAUAAAAUAUUUACCACAAAUUGUGGGUCUAAUGAAAUCUUCGCAUGUCGACUAAAGGACAUGCCAGAAUUACAAACAUUUUAUUAUAGCAGGAGGACAGUACAAGUUCAGACAGUCAGAGAGUUUGACUGUAUAAAUGACACGCUUGGAGUAGGAAAAGUAGGUGACAAUGUUAUGGGACUAUGUGAAAAAGGCCUGGAAGGAUACAUAACUUAUGAAUGUCAACAUGUGAACCUCAAAAAUGACUGGAUACCUAUACAGAGAGAUUGUGUAGUUAAAGCUAUCAAAGACCUUGAUAAGAAAUCUGAGGUUUUGUUUUUGGACGAGAUUCCAGAGUUUAUGUCAAACCUCAGUAACGCCGCAAAGGACAAUAAUAUUGAGAUAACAAAAUCUCCUGCUACUGUCCAAACAAUUGUUGAGAUACUCUACAAAAUUGCUAGUAUUUCUCAAACUAUUGCCAUCAGUCAGACUGUGAUGGAGGAUUUUCUUAAAACAGUGGACAUCAUUGUAUCAGAUGAAUCUAAAAACACAUGGACAGAAUUGAACAAUGGCUUUAUAACACGAAACAAAAGCACCAAACUUCUGCAAGCUAUUGAGGCUAUAAGUGAUCGUCUCUCAGAUGACAAUUUUAUGAUUAAGGAAACCUCCAUUCAGUUAAAUAGAACAACAAUUGAAAACUCAUUCAUUGGAUCAUCUUCACUGCCAAACUCAACUACUCAGAUUGUGAUACCAAAGGUUGAAUCGACCCCCAUAACCAUUAUUGUCUUUACAAAGCUUGACAAUGUUUUACCAACUCGAAAUACUUCUAAUAAUGACAACAAGACAUCAGAAAACCACAUUAAUGGAGACGUGGUUGUUGUUAGAGUAAAUAAAACAAUUAACAACAUUUCAUUAGCUUUCCAUACUACAAAUACAUCAUUGACAAAUCCUCAGUGUGUCUUUUGGAACUUUGAUCUGGACCAUUGGGAUUCCACUGGAUGUAAAGUCAAGCGCUUUGAGAAUAAAACAGUUACAUGUGAAUGUGACCACACAACCUCUUUUUCAAUCCUGAUGUCACCAUUUGCAAUUGAUAACCUUGCCUUAGCCUAUAUAACAUACAUUGGUGUAGCUAUUUCAAUAGCCAGCUUGAUUCUUUGUCUCAUUAUUGAGAUAAUUGUGUGGAAGUCAGUGACAGGAAAUGAGACGUCAUACAUGCGUCACGUUUCAAUAGUCAACAUCGCUAUGUCGCUGCUGAUCGCAGACAUCUGGUUUAUCAUCGGAGCUGCAACUGCAAAUCCAGGACAACCUACACCGGUGAAUUCCUGCAGUGCAGCAGUUUUCUUCAUUCACUUUUUUUACCUGGCUCUUUUCUUCUGGAUGUUACUUUCAGCACUUUUGCUCUUAAACCGCACUGCCAUGGCUUCGUCUCAAAUGCCAAGGGCUAAAAUGAUGACCAUUGCGUUCACAGUUGGUUAUUGUGCACCUUUGCUCAUAGCAGUUAUUACCGUUGCAUCCACAGCUGGAGCUGGUAGAUAUAUUUGGACGAGAGAUACAUGUUGGCUGAACUGGUCUGAAUCUAAGGCCCUGCUGGCAUUUGUGAUUCCAGCUCUGACCAUUGUUGCCUUUAACCUUCUGGUUUAUAUUGUGGUUGUGUGUAAGAUUUUAAGGAGAGGACUUAAUGCUCAACCAGAUGAGAGUAAUGCACUUAUAGUCAUCGCCCGAUGUGUGGCCAUUCUGACUCCUUUCUUUGGUAUAACAUGGGCCUUUGGCACUGCAACCAUGUUGACACCUGACUUUGCCAUUCAUGUGAUUUUUGCAACCCUUAAUUCACUUCAGGGAUUCUUUGUUUUGGUGUUUGGGACACUUUUAGACAGAAAGGUCAGAGAGUCUGCAAAGCGUUUAAUAAAAGACAUCAGUUCAAGAAGUACCCAGAACACUAAUCCAGGACCUACAGGAAGUGAAGCAAUUAUCUUGAAAACAAGAGGAACCAGAGUUAUGGACUCUGAAGUAAGACGUUCCUCAAUAUCAUCAUCAGUAUCAGCAGCGUCUUCUUCAUCUUCUGGCAGCUCCACUGCAUCACAUACAGCCCUGAAGGCCUGAAAUACUGCAUUAAGUUUUGCCAAAUAAUCUGGGAGCAAAUGUUCUGUUAUUGUUUCUGAGACAGAAUUGUAAUUAUCUGAGAUAAAUACUGUCAAAUUACAUGUGCUUUGUGUUUCAUAAUAUAAAAUACAAUAAUUUUUUUUUUAAUUGUAUGUUUAAAAACACUUUUUAGUACAUAGAUGCCUCAUUAGUGUUGCUAAAUUUGUGGGGGCUACUUAUAUUGUUGUGGGUUUUCCUUUUUUUGAAUGUUUAUUUUUGUCGCUUUUCGGCAGAUUAAAUGUGGAGGGAUUUUAUUAAAUAGCUAUGACAGAAUUUUCAAUAAGUCCAUGUUUUAACUAUUAUACAGACACUUUUACACAUCUUUGAAAGAGUACAGCAUCUCCGGAUCCAAGUGAAUAUCUAUUAUCCGAAUUCGACAUAUACAAAACAAAAAAUGUUUUAGGAAACUUAAAAUUCUGUCCUUUAUGGAGUAAGAGUGCAUUUUGAAGCUGCAUUUAAAAGAGCCUUUGAAAUGGGAUGGCCUUGCUAUAGCCUUCAGUUGCACCCCUGAAUUGGGACACAGAUUAUGUGUAUAUGUCUAUGCUUGUUACAACCUUUUCAACCAUGUGCAAGUCUAAAACAUGUUUUUUGUUGUUGUUUUAAAAAUCACAUAUUUUUAACUUGUAAUGGUAAUGAAUGAAAAAGCUUGUAAUUUCCUAAUCUGUAUUUAAUUGCAUUAUGUUCUACUACUUUAUUUUGCUUGAAUUAUCAUAUUAUUGUAUUAUUUUAACUUCGGUAUUAUGAACUAGAGAAUUUCUUUUACAUGAUUAACCUUAAUCAAUGUUAAAUUUAUAAAUGUAGUAAUGUUUAUUUUUUUUCUUUCUUUUGUGCCAUGAUUCCUCUAAAAGAAGCAAAUUUCUCAAAAAAAGUAUAAAUUUAAGUGAUCCACACAACUUGUGCACUUUUAAAGCCAUGCAAAAGCUGUUUUCGAAGACGAUAGCAGAAUAAAAGUUUGGUUGUGUA